AUGAUUCCCCCGCCGCCGUCCGUCGCCGUGCCCCCGCCCGUCACCCCCAUGGGCGAGGGCGCGGAGAUCAUGCUGCAAGGGUUCAACUGGGAGUCGUGCAACAGCGGCGUCAAGUGGCACAACGUCAUCGCCAACGAGGCGAGGAGCAUUCGAGACGCCGGGUUCACCGCGGUUUGGCUGCCGCCCCCCACAAAAUCGGUAUCCGACCAGGGAUACCUCCCGAGCGAUCUCUACAACCUCAACUCGUUCUACGGGAGCGAGGGCGAGCUCCGGGGGUGCAUCCGCGCGCUCAAGGACGUUGGCGUCUGCCCCGUCGCGGACAUCGUGAUCAACCACAGGUGCGCCGAGGCGCAGAGCUCGGACGGGCGGUGGAACAUCUUCACCGGGCGCAUGGCCUGGGACCAGCGGGCGAUCACCACGGAUAACCCCGAGUACGGCGGUCAGGGCAACGGCGGCACCGGCGAGGACUACGGCCCGGCGCCCAACAUCGAUCACACCCAAGAUUGGGUGCGCAACGACAUCAAGGAGUGGCUGCACUGGAUGAAGAACGACAUCGGGUUCGGCGGGUGGAGGUUCGAUUUCGUCAAGGGGUACGCCGGUCACUUCACCGGCGAGUACGUGGGCGACACGAUGCCGUACGUCUCCGUCGGCGAGCACUGGGUGUCGUGCAACUACAACCACUCGCACCUCGAGUAUAACCAGGACUCGCACAGGCAGUCCACCUACGACUGGUGCAACAGCACCGGGGGUAACACCGCCGCCUUCGACUUCACCACCAAGGGGAUCCUCCAGGAGGCUGUGCGGAACCGAGAGUACUGGCGCCUCAGCGACUCGCAGGGGAAUCCCGCGGGCUUCUGCGGCAGCUGGCCCACGCACGCCGUCACCUUCCUCGAGAAUCACGACACCGGCUCCACCCUGCAGCACUGGCCCUUCCCCACGGAGCGCUUGCCCGAGGGGUACGCGUACAUCCUCACGCACCCCGGCACCCCCACGGUUUUUUACGAUCACUGGAAAGAUCACGCGCUCCAGGAAGACAUCCAGCGGCUGAUCGACAUCCGCCGAAGGGUCGGGCUCAAGUGCAACGCGGCGGUGCAGAUCCAGAAGGCUGAGGACGGCUGCUACGCGGCGCACGUGGGCCAUCCCGCCGUCGGCGUCGAGCGGGGGGCGUGCAAGGAGAUCGACAUGUCCAAGCCGAGCCUGUGCAUGAAGCUCGGGCCCGCGGAUUGGAGCCCGAACCAGGGGCGCGUGGGGGAUACCAAGUGGAAGGUCAUGGCUAGCGGUGACGGGUGGGCGGUGUGGGAGAACGUUCGAUUCCUCUCCGCCGAACAACGGUCUCGUUAG